AUGUGUGAAUUAUGGAAUUAUCAUGAUUUAGGACCUGAUGUUUGGAGUGACACAUAUCCAACGUGUGCGGCACAUUCUCAAUCACCAAUUAAUAUACAAACUGCAUGUACUGACUAUCAAUCAUUUACACCUUUUUCUUUUCAAUCCGGUUAUAAUUUAACACAUAAUUUCACUCUUCAUAAUAAUGGACAUACCAUUGUUGGUAGAUAUACUGGUAACAGCUCAACAACAUACAAAUUGACAGGUGGUGGUCUAAAUGGAACAUAUGAGUUUCUUCAGUUUCAUCUUCAUUGGGGUGAAAACUAUAAAUCUGGUAGUGAACAUCAAGUAAAUGGUAUGAAGUAUGCCGGUGAAAUACAUUUUGUUCAUAGAAAUAUUGAAACAUUAAAACUAGCUGUUUUGGGUUUUUUUAUGGAAAGUAUUCCAAAUACAUCUGCAAGUAAUAUUACACAUACAACAAAAACAAGCGAUAUUUCCGAAACCAACAACUCAACAUUAUUAGAAUGGCAAAAAUACUUCGGAGUAUCUGAAUAUUUACAAGUAAUAAAUAAUGCUACUACAGUAAGUUUAAAUUUAUCAUCAUUGAUGGGAAAUAAUGUGGGUAAUUUUUGGCGUUAUGAUGGAUCAUUAACUACACCUCCUUGUACGGAAGGUGUUAUUUGGACAGUAUUUAAAGUACCAACUAUAUUUAUGGAAAAUGAAUUAACAAGUUUUCGAAGUAAUGUCUAUUUCGAAGAUUAUCGCGGUCCACAACCAUUAUAUGAUCGAACAGUAUAUCGAAAUUUCUUAGUUGAUGAAAUAUCAUCAAUACCAGAUUAUACCUGUUGUCUCAAAAGUUCAAGCAAUUCACUGAGAAAAUUAUUUGACCUAAAUAACUUACUCGUAGAAGGACUGAAAUAUAUUUUAUCGUUUAUCAUUAUUUUUUGUACUAUGUUUUAA